AUGCCUACACGAGCCGCGUUUAAUACUCGCAUCCUAGACUUACCCGUUGCCGACGGUCCAUCGGGCGACAACGUUGUGUGGGUCACAGUGUACUUUGACCCCGACGAGGCCAAGCUUAACAAUCUAGAAUUAGUCCGCAUUAUGAUAUACCGUGUCAUGAACCGACAGGUUACAGUCAACAGCUCGCCAAUGCACCACAGGUGGUCCCAUUGUUUAUCGAUCCGGGUUGCUGGGAAACUUCCCGAUGAGGAUGCAAUUUAUCAAGAAGCUGAAGCGAGAUGUGAUUACUUCUAUGGGAAGGUUAAAUCUGGAGAAUUUGUCAUUAAUCGGAAUUAUAUUCUUCGUAGAAGAUCGCGGGACCUGGUCAGUCUCGGGCCUUCAACAUAUUGA